GUAGCAAUAUGAGACGCAAACGAGUUCUGCUUUGUCCUGCCAAGAUGGCUGACGUGCGCGUGAAAAAAACACCCAACAAUUUAUAUGAUUUGUGUUUGACUAGUUUAGUGAACUAUUUGCAAAAAUCAAAGUGCGAGAAAAAUGAUUUGCGAUCGCUGCCAGAUAGCAUCCUCAUGGAUGUUUACUUUAGGAUGUUGGAAGAAAAAAGACUCUGCAUCUUGGGCGCGGAGCUGUCGGAGCUGGAGAUAUUUGAGAGACUUUUGCGAUUCUCGGGAGCUCAAUUAAGAUUGCUCCAGUGUUUUCAGGCGGUGAUUGAGCAUGGUUCCAAGCUGUCAGCGGAAUUGUCGAGCGCGUACCUUGCGCGUUGUGAACAAAGCUCACGUGCGAGAAAUUCACUCAUUCAUUUAGGAUUACGAUUAGGUGGAUUCCUUAAUGAAGCCGGCUGGUACGAGGACGCGCAGCGCGUGUUGGUUCGCUGUAGGGACAUUUGCCUCGCCCAACCACAGACCACACAUUAUAAACGACUUACCCUCGAGUGUUGCCAUAGGUUAUUAAAUACACAAUCGGUAUACUGCUGUUUUUUGGAUGCGGACAAGACUUACAAAUUGGCGCUCAAACUCCUCGGUCUGCCGGAAGACACCACAGCUCAGCUGCCAGAAGGUCCUAUUGCCAUUUCCGAAACCUGCUGUAAGGCCUUACAGACGGAUGGCGUUGAUAAUAAUAGGCUAGAGUACACAGAUGAGGAAUGUUGUUCGGGCGGUGAGCGCGUAUGGGGCAUGUCGGCGUUAUUGGCGCGCCUUUGCAAGGAGAUCAGCGCCCUCUUCUUCGUGCGAUGCGACUACAGCGCAGCAUAUGCGUGGGGCAUGAGGGCAUUGUCGCUUCUCACACCGGAUACGCCACCCAAGAUAACAAUAGAAGUCCUCCGUGCGUGCGGAACGGCCUGCGUGGUGAAGAGACGCUUCAGCUCUGCUGGUUUGCUCGUGAGACAGGCGGUCGCUCUCGCUAGACUCGUCUUUGGACCACAGCAUCCGAGAUAUGCGGCUGCCUUAUUGGAUUAUGGCUUCUAUCUGCUCAAUAUCGACUCUAUCACUCAUAGUGUGCAGGUUUACGAGGAAGCCCUGUCAACCCUGCGAAGGGUGUUCGGUCGCAGUAGCCUGCACGUAGCCACGGCUCAGGAGGACUUGGCGUACGCGUUGUACGUACUCGAGUACUCGUCGGGACGGUUUUACAAGGCACGGGACCACGCCGAACGGGCCAUUAGGAUUAUUGAGAAUUUAGUACCGUCCGAUCACUUACUGUUGGCCUCAGCGAAGCGUGUCAAAGCUCUCAUAUUAGAGGAAAUAGCGUUGGAUACACCGGCCGGGCAGGAUAUGAGAGAACCGAGCCUACUGGAGGAGUCGGAAGCGUUGCACAAAGCAGCGUUGAAGUUGUCGAUGAAGGCGUUUGGUGAGAAAAACGUUCAAACAGCCAAACAUUAUGGAAACCUCGGACGACUGUAUCAGUCUAUGCAGAAGUUUCAGGAUGCAGAAUCAAUGCACCUCAAAGCGAUAGCAAUAAAAGAAGAAUUACUUGGAGCAGAGGAUUAUGAAGUGGGUCUGAGUGUGGGACACCUCGCUUCACUCUACAAUUAUCACAUGAACCAGCACACGGCCGCUGAGAAACUGUAUCUGCGCUCCAUUAAUAUUAGCCUGAAGCUGUUCGGCGAGCGCUACUCGGGGCUGGAGUACGACUACCGCGGCCUCGUGCACGUGUUCACGCAGCUGAAGAGGCACGACCGUGCACAUCACUACAACGGGCUUCUGCAGCACUGGCAUGAUCUCCGCGAACAAUCUAAAGCUGAACAGCAGCCUGCGAUAGGUGAUGAGAAAGUGAUUCCUCUCGAAGAGCUGCAAGAGAAGUUCUUCAGCACACGCUGAACACCCAGUUGCUACAAUUUGCACGGCUUUGCUUCCAUCUUAUAACUCUAAGGGUUGUCUUUACCUUGAGAACUUUUCAAAUACCCGUUUGAGGUAUGUGUUCAUUUGCCUUUAGGAAAAAUUUUCAUUGGCAAUUGUUUUUGUAUUAACAUAACUAGUAACAAAUAAUUAUGAUAAAUGUAUCUUCUUAUAAGACAAACUAUAUUUCUGUUUGAACGCGAUAUAUUAAAGUACUCCACACAUUUGAAUGUAAUUUGCGUACGUCGCAAAGCUAGAGCAAGUGAAUGUAUAACUAACAAUUAAUGCUUGAUAUGAAAAUUUGUAGAUCGUAAGUAUUGGUGAUUUUUACUGCCAUUUUCUGAGGCUUCGAGUAGAAGAAACUUCUAGUUUAUUAAUUAAUAAGUUAGUUAAUUUCUUUUAUAGAAAAUAUUUCGUUGAUUUCUUUUUAACUUUUUUCUUUUAUAUUGAUAUUGUGACCCGGAUCUUUGCCCAGAGUUGAAUCUGCUAGAUUUUUGUGUUAAGGAUUUAGCAACAUACCUGUCUAACUUCUAACAAUUAUCUUAAUUUUUUCUAUACUUGGUGCUUAUUUUGUAUCCUCUCACUCCGCUGGCUCUGUUUGUCUGUAACCCAAAAAAAUAUUUGGCCUCGGGAAUGAGAAACAUUUACAUUGUUAAAUUCGUUCUUUACAAAGAACAUAUUAUCCAAAUACUAAGAAUAGUGGGUUUCUUUACAAUACUUUACCACAAAAUGCAGUCACCUAACCUUGAUGGGUAAGUAGGUCCCCUUUAACACCCGAACCCAAUAAUUAAUCCACAAUCUCAGAUUCUUUUCAAUCUGAGAUCAGAACGAAUCAGAAGUCAGACCGUGACAGAGGAUCGAUCUCCUAUCUGUGUCCCAAUAACCAAACUCGACCGUACAAGUAAUAUAAAUAUAUAAAUGUCUAUGGUUAAAACAUAUCAAAAAGCUUUUUAAUUAUUUUAAAAACUGGUGUAAGUAAAAAUCUUUAGAUAAGGAUAUUGGCAUAGUGGAACUGUCAUUUUUAUAAAAAAGGUCUAUACACAGAUCCGACCUACCAUAGAUAGCUUGUAUCGACAAAUGGCUAUUACAAUCCGUCGAUUGGUUAUUGACACACUUUUAUCAAUAUUUGGAUUAAGAUGUCUAUCUCAGAUGGUCAAAAAUGGAUUGAGAUAGGUUAUUGGGUUUGAGCGUAAGUUGAAAUGUGUACGAAACUUCUGUCUUUGUAUAUAAUUUGUAUGAUUCAAGUUAGUUCCUCUGAGUUCUUAAUAAAAAAAUGUAUAAAUUAGUUGUAAUCGCUUUCUAGCAAUAUGAAUGUGCAAUGAAUGUUAUGAGGCUUCUAUUGAGUACUUAAAGUGCUAUUCAAAAUUGUAUAAAGGCAAAAAAUAUUUAUUUUUGUAUAUGGUAAUUACAAAUGUAUACUGUCACUGCGAUAUCUUUAUCAACGUAAUAGUCCAAUUUUCUGCAUCGUUUUUCAAUUUAAUUAAUAUUGUUCUCAAAAGAAUUCGUUUUAUCUGUGGUAAACUAAUUUAGAGAAGAAACAACAAAUAACCUUUAAUCUGUGUUCAUCGGAAUUAGCCAUUUAGUUUAUCUAUUUCUUCGAUACAAUAGCGUCAAUAUUAUGAUCGACUUGUUUCAUUUAAUGUUAAAUGGAGGAGACCAUACUAAAAAGCCGCACAUUUUUUGAGGUUUUUUUUAUUUAAGUUCCUUUUUCGAAAUGUUUUUUUUUAAGUUAGAGCGAUAGACGUUUCCAGGACAUUUAUUGCCGCUCACGUUACACACAGGGGGCAAAACUGAGCCUAUAUUUUAAUUGAUUUUCAGUUUUUUUUAUCUUAAAUUCAUUUUUCGUUCACAAAAAUGUUUAUUAGUACAUUUUACUUGAAUUUUUGUGUAGCAAUCUAUUUGAAUCUAUACGUUUCUGAUGCUUUAGUUUAUCUAUUUUCUUACUUUCUGCAAGUGGCACUGCUUAUUUAUAAGUUAUAACUGUUAAAUAUUAAUAAACAUCAUGAGAAACUAGUUAUCGCAAUAUGGCCAACAGAAAGUAUUGAUUGAUGAAAACGUAUUGGCGGCUCGGCUUCUAUCGUUGGAAUGUACAAUGUGUAGAUUUAUAUAUAUAUAUAUGUAUAUUUAUAUAUAGAUGUUAUAUUUGCUGCUCACAUUGUAAGAUUGACGUGUCCGUGUGAACGUUUGAAUGGCUGUUAUAAACAUAGUGAAUAAAUAAGAUUCACAAAUAAAA